AGGACUGGAUUUGACAGAGCAAAAGAACGGUCUACGUGAGUUCACGAAAUUUUUCGCUUCACUUUGAUUGACUUUCCUCCUCGGGUGACAGAUCAUGUACAUCUAUUUGUGUGAAUGGUAGUGCGUAUUGCAAAAAAAAAGGAAAAUAAGAAUGGAAUAUUCUUCUUUAAUACACUGCAUUGUUUAGAAAACAAAUGGAUACGCAUCGGUUAUUACAAAAGCAGCGACAACUAAUUUCCGAUAGGAGAUUUAGGAAAUUGAAUUGAAAUUCAGAGUUAUUGUGCGAAAUGAACACUUCUGUAUGGUCUGAGUGAGAGAAAAAUAGUGGUGUAAACAAAAUUGUAUGAAGUAAAUAAAUGGUGCUUUUCAUUUUGACCGUACAUGCAGUGCAUUCGAAAUAAUGAGAAAUUUGCAUGCAUUUCCAAUCGUACAAAUGGAUCAAUCUUCCGAAGGGCAACAUUUGCACAAAUUUUAUCACCAAGUACUAAAACGAAUAUAGGGGGAAAAAUGAGUUUUUUCUGUGCGACCAAAUUUAUCGUCAGUGUUUACAUUGUGCAAUGCAUUCUGUGUAUGAAACCAUUAUUCACCGAAUCCGAAUUAUUAAUCAAUGUGCAAAAUCAGGGAGGUGAGGUAAUCCAGGAGACAAUAACAUCAAAUUUGGACGAUGACUCAAUUAUAUUGGAAUUUCAACGCACAGACGGUACUCUGAUAACACAACUUUUAGACUUUCGAAAUGAUAUUCAAGUUUUGAAAGCGCUUGUUCUGGGCGAAGAGGAACGGGGUCAAAGUCAAUAUCAAGUCAUGUGCUUCGUGUCGAGACUUUCGAAAAAUGACUUUAUUUCUACAGAUGCUAUGUCUAAAUUACGACAGAAAAAUCCCAGUACAAUACGGCAGCCGGAAGAAGACCGGGGUCGUGAGAAUUUCACAAUGACCGCUUGGGUGAAUUUGCGCCAGGCAGCACCGCUUAGUCAACACAUUUCAACUCUGUGCACAGAAGCUGCAGACUCAACAUAUAUUAGUGAUUUUGAUAUAAGAAUAUUAGCAUCAAAACCGGGUGCAUCUGUAUCGAAACUAGAAUUAGCAAUUUAUCCAUUUCCAACAACGCAAACCACAUUAUCUACAUGCAAUGCAGUGUCUGGCCUGUGGACACCAUGUACUUGUUUGCUUGAGAUGUGUAUCGGUUGGUAUCCGUGCGGGUUGAAAUUCUGUAAAGGCAAAAUUGAUACGGGCAUCGGCAAUAACGCCAGCUAUCGAUGCGGCAUUAAAACGUGCCGAAAAUGCUAUCAAUAUCUGUAUUAUGUGCAGCAAAAGCAACAAUGCUUGUGGUAUGAUUGACCUAUUGGUCGAUAUUUGGAAUAAUUAAUUUAACUUCAGCAUAAAUUUGACAAGUCUAGGGAAUAAGUGUACAUUUCUAGAUAUUUAAUAAAACUAUAUGGAAAACGGAGCAGGAGUGUUAAGACCAAAGUAUUUCACAAGUCAAAUGUAACAAAUAAAGUCAAGUUAGAUUUGUAGCUAUGAGUUAAUUUUGAAAUCAUUCGAAUUUGAUUAAAUUUUUUAUUUUAGGAAUAUUUUUUUCUGAUUUUUUUACUUUUUGUUCUCUUUGUUUCAAAAUUCCAUGGCAAUGACAAUGCAUUUUAUAUUUGAAUUCUUAUUUUAUAGACAAAUUUCUUCUACGCUUGUUUUCAUUUUUAAACUGAUAUCUUCAGUAUGAAAUGAAUGUGUGAUUUGUAUGAUAAAACUCGUAAAUUAAGUUAAAAUCGCUAGAAAACUGGAUAUUCAUUCGGUUCGGUUUUAAUAUCAUCAUUAAGAUGAUAUUUCACAAUUUUCUACAUUUAAACUCGUUUUUUUUUCAACAUUGAAACCAUUUUUUCAAUUUGAAAUUUGCUUGAUUCGAUACUUUGAUAGAAUCUGUUGAAAGAAAUAUAGUUCGUCAUGAAGUAAUGUGUUUAAUUUCCAACGGUUAAAAAUCAUUCAAUCAAUGCAUUCUACAAUAAACCUUUGAAAUUAUAUAAAACUGUAAAAAUUAAGAAAUGCAAUAGCUUUACCCGAUUGAAACCAUCAUCAAGUAUUUUGAGCUCAAAAGCUGAAGCUAUUCUAUGGAUGUAUAAAACACUUUGUGACGGAGUACAUAGUAAAACCCAUUGUUUUCGCAAGAGAAAUUCGCUUUGGAAAAUAACUCAAAAUUUCAAUGUACUUUUUCAUUCUGUUUUCCGUUUGGAACUCAGCAUAUACCGAAAUUUCAAACCAAACACUGUCAAUCUUUUUUACGUUGGCACAAAAAUCUGCAUCGAUUCCACAUCAAGUUACCAUAAAUAGAAUAUAGCAAAUGUUUAUUCAAUUAUAAUGAAAAAUAUGUAUUUAAUCAAACCGUGGCCUUAGCUCAAUACAGAACGAAAAAUAUUGUAUAUAUAAACCAAAAAGAUUCAUAUAAAAUCUUGAAUAAGAAUGUGCAAAUACAGAAGAAUAGCUUUAAGCAACACAUUUUUCUCACAAUAGGAAAAGUGUACAAUUACACGCAUUGUAUACAAUUGUAUUCUUUCAUAAGUCAGUUUGUACUUUCUAGAAACUAUUCUAUUCAUCAAAACCAUUUUUCCAGAGGUUAGUUGCAGAUAAAUUUAUUUAUAUAAAUUUCAAAUAUCAAAUAAAUUUAUCCGAUAUUUUUCAUGCGUUGUGUUGUUCUGACGCAUUCGUAGUACAUAAACGAAACAUCGGCUGUUGUAUUGGCAGCCAGGUAUUCAUCGCAGGAAUGAGAUUUUUGUUUUGUUCAUUAACCGAUAUUUGUGAACAAGUCUGCCACUGUGUCACUACAUAGUAUAUAUAGUCCAAAAGAAAUGUGCAGAGACGAAAAUGUUCGCCAUUUAGUUUUACAUUGCCAAUACAUUAGUUAUGGAAUUUUUUUAUUUUUUGUUGUUUGUAAACAAAUCUGCAUAUAUUUUUGCAUUGUCCCUACACACUUCUUAUGGACAUAUACUAUGUACAGUGGCAAUGCAAAAAGAUAGGCAGAUUUGUUUGCAAACAAAAAAAAUAAACAAAACAAAAAUCUCUAUAACUAAUGUAUUGGCAAUGUUAAAAUAAAUGGCGAAUAUUUUCGUCUCUGCAGAUUUCUUAUGGUCUAUAUAUACUAUGUAGUGACACAGUGGCAGAAUUGUUGACAAAGAACGGUAAAUGAACAAAACGAAAAUCUCAUUGCAGCGAUAAAUAGCUGGCAAAUGCGUUAGAACAACACGACGCAUGAAAAAUAUCGGAUAAAUUUAUUUGAUAUUUGAAAUUUAUAUAAAUAAAUUUAUGUGCAACCAACCUCUGCAUUUUUCUUAUACGUUUAAACCAUUCAGUUAUUUUUUCCUAUAAAAAUGCACUUUAAUAAUAAAAACUAGUGAAUAUUCAUCGUUUUUUUUUAAAUUAUAGUUCAAUGAAAACAUUGUGUGAAUGAUGAGCUCAAAAUUAUUGCUUUUUGUGCACAUUUACGAACAACCAUUCAAAUAGAUCAUUUUCCAUUGACUAAAUCCAAAAACUUUAGUUUCAGAUUUGUCUCGUAUCGAAAAUAAAUAAAAAGAAUGAAAAAAAUUCAACAAUUCUUGAAAAAUAAUCUGAUAAAAUCUGGCUUUCUUUAAAUGUAUCGGAAAUGAAUAAAAUAAAAAAAUUCAAUGGAAAUGAAAUAAUACUUGAGACAGAAAAAAAAACUCCUACAUUUGCGGAGUGGAACAAAUUAACAGUAAUAUUUGUGUGAUUGUGCCAAUGUAAAUACGACUUCAAGCUAACGAAAGAAUGUUAUGAUACCUAAUUUCUGUAUGUUCUUUUCUCUUCACACGAAUACUACAACCUAGAAGACUGCAUUGAAAUUUUAAUUUUAUGAAAUACAAGAAACAUUGAGAAAAAUAUAGUAAAUCAAGUUCGGUCUUGUCAUUUUAAAACGAUAGUUGCAAAUGUUACAAUUUCGAUUUGAAUUUGAAUGUAAAAACCUUUUUCCAUUGGAACUUUGAAAUGAAAUAAAACUAAAGUGGUUUGAAAUACCAA